CCCCACAGAUCUUUGUCAUCAUCAGAAAACAGCAGUUUGUUGGCAAACCAGCGUUUCACAGCUCAUGCUCGUCACAAUUUCCUGUGUGGUGUGAAGCUUGUCAGUUUGAUCAAACGGAGUUCAGACUUCUGGGUGAAAUAAAACUUUCCUUCAGCAGUUCAAAUGUCAAACCCAGUGGUCACCAAUCAACCUGGUGCAGGAGGCUAUGGGACGAAUGUCCAGACUGGAGAGUGGAGCACAGGCUUGUGUUCCUGCUUUAGUGACUGCUUAAUCUGUGCUUUUGGUUGCCUCUGUCCAAUUGGCCUAAGCUGCUACACUGCAAAUAAGUAUGGUGAAAACUGCUGCCUGGGUUGUGUCCCAGGAGGCAUGACUGCCAUGAGGACUCAUAUGAGACUGACGUAUGGCAUCCAGGGGACGGUAUGCAACGACGCCCUCAUGACUUUUUUCUGCGGACUUUGUGAACUGUGCAGGAUGGCCCGAGAAAUUCGCAUCAGGAAUGGAGACGUUUCAAUGUAACAUGAUUUUAUAAGCACUGCACUUACUAUAAAAUAAGUGUAGCUCUGCUCAUAUUAAACACAUUUUUGUAUAUAGCAUGCUUUUACUAAAAACAUUUUAUGUGCAUGUCUAAAAUGAUUUAAAUAUCAUUUAAAUAUCAUGUAAAAUUAGAGAAAGACUCAAGAUGUACAAGGUGUAUGAAUAUUUUAUUAAAAAUCAAACUGCUUAUAAGGGGUUCUAUUUCUGAUCUGCUUCCAAAAUGUCAAAUGAAUCCCUUAAUAUACAACCACAAGGAAAAAGGCUUAAUGAACUGGACAAUGAUAUUGUUUCUCCUUUAAUAAUUGUAUAUCAGGAAUUUCCAUCCCCUGUUCUGAAAUAUAUAUGGGCAGCUUAAUUUGACUUGAUAACAACACUGAAAACAAUAAUCAAUUCUGCGUUUAAAUUUCUUAUAUUUUAAAUUCAACAUGAACUUAUUUGUAUUCCCUUUUAGUUGCUUGUAAACCUUUCUGUUGUUCUCUUGCAGAGUGUUGAUAAAGAUAAAGUUUGUCUCUGUUAGUGUGUGGACCACAGAUCUGAACUCAUGAUUAGUUGCAAUAUGAAUGCAGCACAAUGUCACCUAAUCAUCUGCAGCCUGUCAAUAGGCUUGGGUUUAGUUAGGGUGAUUUGUUGAUGUCUGAUGAUGAAACUGUUUGGGCCUUUCAGAUUAAGGCCUACAGUGAAUGGUAAACAAUGCAGAAUUGUCAUCUGACAGGAAAAUAACUCCAGUUUGGGGCUUAGCUGUUUGUUUAAAGAAUGUUUUAGAUCAUUCUUCUUAUGGUUUUUUAAAACCAUAAUAUCAAACGUAGACCAUGGAAAUUGGCAAGGUAAGUAUCUGUAUAGAGCUAUCUCUUGCUUUGGUCAUUUUAUUGUUUUCUCUAUUCACACAUGAUUAUUUUAAUCACAUUUUAUGAUCUUCAAGCUAUAAUUGCACAAAAAUUCAAUUAAUAUUUUGAUAUAUAUAGAAUUGGAUAAAAAGGUAUUUCUCACUUCUUAUCUUUUUGUUUUUCAUCAUAGAACUCAACUAAAUAUGUCAAAAUAACCAGAGCAAAUUUGAAAAGCAGUGUUGAAAUGAUGAUUCCAUAUACAAAGGCAAAAAUACCAACUCAAACUGUGUUUUGUUGAAUCAGUGCAUAAUUACAUAUUACAGCUAAUA